AUAUUCAACCUCACUUCCUCUCUAGCUGAUCACUCUUUUUGGGCUUUACCUACUUAGUGUUCUUGUUGAAUCUUGGAUUGACUAUAGAUGGAGUUUAGUUUCUCUUACUAUGUUUUUUGGGCCAUGGUGCUCUUUCCUAUGCUCUGCAACUGUCAAGACGCUUUCAUCUCCUCCAGAGCUACUUAUUAUGGAAGCCCCGAUUGCUUAGGGACUCCAAGCGGUGCAUGUGGGUUCGGUGAGCAUGGAAGAACAAUCAACAACGGCAAUGUGGCCGGAGUCUCUAGGCUUUAUAGAAAUGGAACUGGUUGCAGUGCUUGCUAUCAGGUCAAGUGCAAGAUACCGCAACUCUGCAAGGAGGAUGGGGUGAACGUGGUGGCGACGGACUACGGUGAAGGAGACCGCACAGACUUCAUCCUCAGCCCUCGUGCUUAUACCAACAUGGCUUUCCCGAACGCAGCACUGCAGGUGGUGGCAUACGGGGUGGUCGACGUAGAAUUCCGACGGAUCCCAUGCGGUUUCUUCGCGAACUCCAAUCUCAUGGUUAAGGUCCACGAGAACAGCAGGUUCCCCGACUACCUGGCCAUUGUUUUCCUUUACCAAGCUGGCCUAAACGAUGUCACAGCUGUGGAGAUAUGGCAGGCUGAUUGUGGGCAAUGGAGGGGCAUGAGGAGGGCCUAUGGGGCAGUGUGGGACAUGCCAAACCCACCCAAGGGGAGCCUUAAUGUGAGGAUCCAAGUGAGUAGCAGUGCAGGCCUAAAGGUGGUGCAGCUGAAGAAUGGUGUCAUCCCUGCUGACUGGAAGGCUGGGGCUUCUUAUGACUCCUCCAUUCAACUUUACUAAUUCCAUCUACUGUUCUUGUUAGUAAUUACUCAUGUUCUUUAAGUGAAUGCGUGAGGGUAUGUGUGCUUUGUGUUAUAUAGAAGGUGCAUGUGUGUGUGUGUGUGUGUGUGUGAGAGAGAGAGAGAGAGAGAGAGAGAGAGAUUUUGGGUUGUGUAAUAUUUGGUUAGUGUGAGAAAUAGUAUGAUGAAUAAAUUAUCUGCUUAGUCAGAACUUUUCAGCUAA